AUGUACCAGAGGGAAAUCAUUUAUUCCUGCUUGCCUCUUUCUCUAUUAGACAAAACAACUUCCUUCAAACCUCUCAUACAUAGACUGUCCUUCACCAUCAAACGUCACAAAAAAUCACCUCACAGCAGCCCACUGUAUGGAGGACAUCGCCACGGCUAUGACCACCGCCACCGCCGCAAAUCACCUUCGCCACAGCCGCAGAUCACAGGAUUUGCAGGUUCCGGAAGCGAGAAUGGAUUAUGGACAUUAAUCAUUGACGGAUCUUGGACAUCCUUCCAGCAAAAUACAGGGAUCGCAUGGAUUUGCUUGAAUCACACAAACCAAAAAUUUAACCAAACAACACUAGUGAAGAAGUCACUACAAACUCCAUUGGUGGUAGAAGCGAUAGCAUGUUUGGAAGCAAUUAAAUGGGCGAUACGCAAUGGGAUAAAACACAUUAACAUUCAAACGGAUUGCCAAGUGCUGGUGUGCAUGCUCAAUACAAAAGGCCUCAACAUAGAAUGGCGAACUACAACAAUUGUAGAAGAUAUUUUAUCAUAUGUCAAAUGUUUGUAUUAUGUUUGUAUUAGUAAAGUAGGAAGAGAUGUAAUUAAAACAGCUCAUGAUCUAGCCAAAGGUGCACUUAAGGUUUAAUUAAUAUAGUAUGGUUUCUAUCCUGAAUUUUAUUUA